UUCCGUUGUGUGUGAAUUUCCGGAAGUCUCUCACUUAACAAAACUAAACCAAACUAUUUAAACCGUAAUUAACUGUAAUAUCAAUAUAGUUUGCAAAAUGUCAGCUGUACGAAUGAAUGAUACGAAUACGAUUGUUGAUCGUAUGGUCAACUUUCUGGUGGAACAUGAGGACAUGCGUACCAAGAGCUGGUUCCUGUCGAAUGCGCCCGGUCCGCUCUUUAUGAUUUUGGCCGGUUACUUGUAUUUCUGUUUGUAUGCGGGGCCACGCUACAUGCGCGAUCGCAAGCCGUUCGAGUUGAAAAACACGCUGUUGGUGUACAAUGCUGUGCAGGUGCUGUUCAGUUGGGUGCUCUUCUAUGAGGGUUACAAGGCCGGCUGGGGUGGACACUACAAUUUCCGUUGCCAACCGGUCACCUAUGCGACAGAUCCGAUUUCCAUGAGGAUGGCGCGCGCUGUUUGGUUGUACUACAUUGCCAAACUCACAGAGCUGCUCGACACCGUGUUCUUCGUCCUGCGCAAAAAGCAACGACAAAUCUCCUUCCUGCACUUGUACCAUCACACCCUGAUGCCCGUUUGCGCUUUCGUGGGAGUUAAAUAUUUCGCCGGCGGCCAUGGCACACUGCUCGGCUUCAUUAACUCUUUUAUACACAUCAUCAUGUACGCCUAUUACUUGCUCUCUGCCAUGGGUCCCAAGGUACAGAAGUACUUGUGGUGGAAGAAAUACAUUACCAUUCUGCAAAUUAUUCAAUUCUUGAUCAUUUUCGUGCACACCCUACAAAUUCAAUUCCAACCCAGCUGUAAUUUCCCAAAACCAAUUGCUGCUCUGCUCACCUUCAACGCCGGCCUGUUCACCUACAUGUUCAGCUCCUUCUACAUUAAGAACUACAACAAGGAGGCUGCCCUAAAGGCCAAAGCGGACGCCGCUGCUAAACAGGAUUGAGCUGUUCUUUUCACCAACUUUGCUGUUCUAUGUAUUUAUUUCUCAAUAUUUUGGGCACUUUUCUACUACGUGCUGACUUUAGACACUGAACACUUAGGUACAUAACUCAAAACCAUCUAGUUGGUCAUGCGACAGUUGCUGCUGGAUUUGAGUUCUUCAAAACGCGGCGAAAGUGUCUUGCCUCUGAAAAAGCAUUUUGACUGUUCGAGUUGCUUAAUCGUCGUUUAUGGUUUUGUUAUAUGCAUAAAUAUUGUGAGGGGAGCUGAAAUUUAUACGGAAAAUUUAAAAGGGUAGUUAAUGUACGUUUGUACAGUAGACUUGUAGAUUUGUAGAUAGUAGUUGUACGCCUCCAUGUACAUACAUACACAUACGUAUAUGGUAUAUAUGUAUAUGUAUAUUUAGUUAAGAGUUAGUUUAGUAAUCUGUAAUCAUAAGUGUAAAUUGUAGUGGCAAUUACUUCUUGCAUUAGCAUAUAGUAAUUUGAUAAACAGAAAAAUAUAUAUUUAAGUUAUAUAACGAUCGCUGCGCUUUUGCUACGAGCCCAUUCGCCUCACGCCGAGUCCAUAAUUCGAUAUUUGUUAUCGUACAAUUUUGAAAGUGCAAUCGAACCAAAUAUUUUGCUUUAGUUUAAUUAAGGUUAAAAUAUGCAAUCAUUGCUUGAUUUUUAUAUACCCUCAACGACCCACACACACACACAUACAUACUAUUUACAUAAUUAUGUUUAUGUAAUGGUAAUCAGCAUCAGAUGCACACCUUAAUUCCUGUUUCGUCACCGCAGACUUGUACAACGAUUAAAAUUAUAUAAUAUUAAUGUUUGAAUUCUUUUGGAAUCUUUCACAUAUCAUUAUAAAAAUACAUACAUACAUAUAUGUACUUAUAGUACAUAUAGCUACAGCUUUCCUGGUGCGUUGUGUUUGUGUAUCGGUCGGCUUGAGUUUUUACUAUGUUUGUAUGUAUAUAGCUGAUAACCCAAAACGAAUAAAUGUUUUUAGACAUGAA